GUGCUGUCUAGUAUUAUAAACAGAGUAUGUCAAAUAUAGAAACAAGUAAUAAUCUUCAGGAUGAAUCACGAGUUAAUAUAGAGUUGGAUGGAGUGAAUGUCCAGGAAGAGUCUUCGGCAAUGGAUUUUGCAUUUGAAAAAGUGAUUGCCAUAAUACUUCAAUCAAAACAAUUUCACUGUUCACGAGAUUUUCUUGAUGAAUUGACCGAUUUAACUAUUCGAUUUUUGAAUGAUUUGGUAGGCAGUUUAUCAGAAUACACGAGAUUACAAAGACGACAAAAACCAGCUCUUUCUGAUAUGAAAUUGUUGUUCAAUUUGAAAGGAAUUGAUUUUAAUGAAAUAGCUGAGGAGAUUAGUCUUUGUAGAAACUUUAAAAAGUCACAGAGCUUAGUAACGGAGAUGAAACGAGUUGAAAACCAAAUAAUACAAGCACAGUCUGAGAGGAAUAACACCGAGGUUGAAGAAAACAGCCCCUCUCUUCCAUUCAUAAUCAAUGAACAGUAUGAAAUUACAAAUCUUGUUCCUAGACUUAAUACAAAGCCUAGCUAUGUUCCUGGAUAUUUACCUGAUUUCCCACCUGAUUUUACCUAUCAAUCUACACCAAAAUAUAUGGAAACUAUUACUGAUUUGAAAGAAUUGCGGUUGAAGUUAGUACUGGAAUCAAGAAUGAUUGAAAAACCAUUAUAUAAUUUGAUUGAAAGCGAUGAUAAGAAGUGGAGGGCCAAAUUUGAAGAAGAAUUACUGGAAUUUGAACGGGAAAAGCAAGAUAAGAAAGUGGAAGGUACACAUGUACCAGAAACUAAAUCAUUUGAUUUUAUAGCAUAUGCUCAAAAGAGGAAACUGAUUGCCGAGAAGCAAAAACAAGACCUCGACAAUAGAAUUAAAGCUCGGGAAACAAAUUUAUUCAUGAAGGCAGAACUAUAUUAUUCUCCUUAUUCAACUAUUAGACCAACACCUGAAAUUGAAAGCUAUUUCAAAAAUGUUAUAACUGAUGGAUUUAAAGAUGUUAUUACAUCAGUUAGGAAAGCUGAACGAGAAAAGCAGGAACGCACUCAGAAAUUACUUGAAGAACGCACGAAACGAGAACGGGAGUUGGAAGCUCAAAGAAAAGCCAAUGAAAUUUCAAUCAACUUUAAUAGAAUGGAUGAUUCAUCAUCUUCACUGCUGGAAGAUGAGGCCGAAUCUGAAAAAGUACUUGAGUUUAUGUUUGAAGAAGACAAAGAGCCGGAAUCUGAACCAAAUAUUGUUGUGAUUGGCGGCGAGAAUAAAACUGAACCACCAACCGAAACCACUGAGACAACCAAUGCUAUAUCAUUUGCAGAUAUAGAAGCAGACGACGACGAAUCACUGGAUGACGAUAUGGAGGACAUGGAGGCUUUACUAGAGGCUGAGGUUGCCCAUGAACAGCAAUUGCCCGGAAGUACCGACCUUCCUGCAUCAGCGCUUAAAUCCUCGGAUGAAGACAGUGAUGAUGACAUGGAAGAUAUUUUGUAAGGAAUAAUGUAACACUAUAAAGUUUUAGAUAGCAAUGAGAAUUCCACAAUUCCUCCUCCUCC